CUUCCCUUAGAAUUCACAGGAAGAGUCACGUCAAGUUGAAAACACAUCCACGCAUUCUAACCCCCUAGCAGCUGCUGACAUUUUUUUGUUUGUUUUCGAGGUUAAUUCAAAACAUUUCUAGUGAAAAUAAAGCCGGAAGUCGCAAUGCGGCGCCUGGGCUCCGUUCAGCACAAAAUCCCGUGUGUUUUUCUCACCGACGUGAAGGAAGAAGCGUCCAGAAAACACGAGCAUCAGCAGUUUCAGGUUGUUGCGACAGAGAACGUGAACCCUGUGGCUCUWGAGGCUAACGUAGACUGCGCCUUUGCCACCGAAAAACUGGAUGGCACCUGCUGCUACGUCGCUCUUUAUCAAGGCCAGCCUUACCUCUGGGCCAGAUUGGACAGGAAGCCCAACAAGCAGGCAGAGAAGAGGUUCAGGAAGCACCAACAUACUCACAAAAGCUGUAAAGGUACCGUCACUUUAGCUAGCAUUUUGGAUUUUCUUCCAGGUUUCUCCUGGAAUGUGGAGGAAGAUUUUAAAAUGGUGCCCGAGUCGUGGAUUCCUGCUCACAGAGUCAAACAUAGCAACGGACAUCCCAUUCCUGACGAGCACGGACACAUUCCAGGCUGGGUCCCGGUGCAGAAGAGCAACAAGCAGUACUGCUGGCACUCCUCCGUGGUGGAUUACGACCUCGGGGUGGCUCUGGUUCUGAAGCCCGGCUGCGACGACGACAACCUGUUGGAGAUCACAGCGCUCCCGCUGGCAGACCUCCAGGAGCAAACGCUGGAGCUCAUCGGAACCAACGUCAACGGAAACCCAUACGGACUCGGCAGUAAGAAGCAGCCCAUCCACUGCCUGGUUCCACACGGCAGCAUUCCGGUCAGGAACCCUCCGCCUGUCAACUUCCAGCUGCUCCGCUCCUGGUUCCAGGAGAACUGUGAAGGUCGAGUGGAGGGCAUUGUGUGGCACUGCAAUGACGGCACGCUGAUUAAGAUCCACCGGCAUCACCUGGGCUUGAGGUGGCCGGACGGUGAAACUCGCCUCGGCAGCAGACCCRCGGUGGUCUGCUUCGGGGGAGCGUCCGCAGCCUACAGCGACAGCGAGGGCUUGUUGUCAUGGUUUUCCCCACUCAACGGACAGCACUUCAGUCGACUUCAAGACGUGCAGUUCUAGCCGUAAACCUCAGAGACGACAAGGAUGACGCUCUCYAACAGAAAAACUAUCUUUGAGGAACAGAAUUAGCAGAAAGUCUUAAUAAAAAUAAAUAAAUAAAUACAUGUUUUCCAAGGAGUCCUCAUUCUGAAGGUGAAAUAUGAAGAUUAAACCAAACAGUGUUUCAGAUUGAAAUAUAAAGACGGUUUGUAAUAGUCUUUGAAAAAGAAGUGCAUGACUUUAAUGUAUUAUUGUAAAUACUGUUCAUACAAUCUUCUGUUGUGUGAUGAAUAAACAGACA